AUGAAUCGAGUCUGGAUUGGUUUAACCAUCGUGUUGCUAGUGUCAACUUUGGCAACAUGUGCACCAGGAAGGGUAAGGAGGGAUAGCGGUGAAGCCGGUGGUGGUGGCGGCGGUGGGGGCGGAGGUGGAGGCGACGGCGGUGGAGACGGAGGAGGAGGAGGGGGAUGUGGAGGUGGUGGAGGUGGAGACUGUGGUGGAUGCGGGGCCGAUGGUGGUGGUGGAGGAGGAGGAGGAGGAGAUGCUGAUGGAGGAUGCGGGGGAACUGCUGCUGGUGGUGGAGCUGCCGGCGGAAAAAGUGGUACCGCAGGAGGUGGACAUGGAUAUGGAGGAGGUGGACACGGAUAUGGAGGAGGAGGGGGAGGAGGGGGCUGUGGAGGUGGAGGAGGUGGUGGUGGUGGAGGAGGAGGAACUGGAGGUGGAAGCGCAGGAGGUGGUGGUGGUGGUGGAGGAGGAGGAGGAGGAGGAAGAGGAAGCGGUGGUAGAGGAGGUGGCCGUGGAGGAGGAGGAGGCGGUGGUGGAGGAGGUGGUGGAGGAAGAGGAGGAGGAGAUGGAGAUGGUGGAGACGGAGACGGAGCUGGAGCUGGAGCUGGAGCCGGUGGUGGUGGUGGUAGAGGAGGAGGAGGUGGUGGUGGUAGAGGAGGAGGAGGUGGCGGUGGAGGAGGUGGUGGUGGCGAUGGUGGUGGCUAUGGUGGUGGCGAUGGCGGUGGCGACGGUGGUGGCGAUGGUGGUGGUGGAGCUGGUGGUGGAGCUGGUGGUGGCGCAAGCGCUGCUGGAGAUGGAGGUAAUGGAGGUAAUGGAGGAAAUGGUGGUGGUGGCGAUGGUGGUGAUGAAGCUGGUGGUGGUGCAAGCGCUGCUGGAGAUGGAGGUAAUGGAGGAAAUGGUGGUGGAGGCGAUGGUAAUGGUGGUGGUGGUGGUGGUGGCGGCGGCAAAGGAGAUGGUGGAUGUGGUACUGGUUGUCAGUGA